UUUCUCAUUUUUUCAAGUCAAACAUUUCGACACUUGGAAAUCAUCGAAACACUACAACUAAUUUUGGCGGGCCACCUCCCUCAUCAUUUCGUCCAUUUCGGAAUCGUUUUUAUACUUCUGGAAGUUCACAAUUUAACAACAACAAUAACAAAUCUAGACGUACACGUUCUUUUGAAAUUUCUGAUUGGACAAAUUCUUCAACAACAACUUUGUUUAAUCAACAACAACAAUUUACUGCUUGGUUACAACCUUCAAAUUUGGAAAUUGUAACUGGUGGAGGAGAAGGAAUGAGUACUUCAAAUUGUAGUAGUAGUGCAAGUAGUGGGGCUGUUAUUCAUCAUCAAAUGGCUGUUGGGGGAAAUGGAAGUUGUGGAGGGGGAGGAAUUCCUUUCCAAAUUUAUCCGACAGGACAGAUUGUGUUGACUAAUGAGCCGUCAUUAAUUUCGCCAACUAGUGCUUUUAGUGAACCAAUAAUCACUAAUAAUCAACAACAACCACUACAACAACAACAACAAUUACCACCAAUAAUUCAAUCAACAAAUGGAAUUGGUGAAAAAAGUGAGGAAGGAGGAGGAGAAAAAGAUGAGCAACAAUUAAAUAAUUUAAAUAUUUUAGAACAACAUCAACAACAACGUUCACAAAUUCCUUCACUUUUUUCAAUACAACCAUUGAUGUCACCACCUAUAAUGCCACAAAAUACAGCUACAAAUAUAUUGCCUAAUCAGCAACAAUAUAUUAAUCCGUAUAUGGCUUUGCAAUACCAAUAUCAGCCAAUGAUGAUCAAUAAUGCUGCAAAUCCAGCCCAAUACCAAUAUUUUACUGAUAAUGCUAAUAUAUUGCACUACUACCCAACUUAUUAUCCAAUUUAUCAACCUCAUCAACAACAACAAACUUUCAUUGAUCCGUAUCAUCCUUUGACUGAGGAAAAUGUAAGGGGAGAGUGUUUUUUCUAA